CCCCUUGUUUUGGAGAAAUCGUGAAUAUUUGACAGUUACACAUAAACACGGACAAGGAUUUCCAAGUGUGCUUCUAACCUUCCAGCUUAUUUAACAAAGAAAAUUUGAAAGUUAGUAGCAUGAACGUAGUUUUAAUCAAGAUUGACAACUUUCCCACUCUUUUUAAUUGCAGUUAUGGCCUUAUCAACGAGUACACGUUAUGCAAUACCAGCUCCUUCAACAGGUUGUGCAGACAACUGGAAAGCAGUUCAUCUAACAGUCGCCUAUCCGAACCUCACCACAUUGACUAUCAUAUCUGACGAGUUCCAUGUUUCGCUGGUCGUCGAAAAGGAUGAAGCUGAUAACGUUGACAUGCGUUUCUGCAUGUGGGACAGCGAAAAGGUAGAUUCGAUAGAAACUGGAGUCGCGGUAGCAGACGGUUUUGGUCAAGGAGAUGCUCUUUCUUUUACCACCUUACCUGAUGGACGAUACUGUGUAUACGGCGUGGGGCUAGCAGAAGCGAAUAUGGACAAAGGAAAAUGGGAGUGGUCGCAGGGAUCAUGUCCGAAAGGCUUUGAGUCAGGUUUCUCCACAUUCCCGUUUCGCACAUCCUCCGCCCUCCCCGACAAUUUCAUCAACAAUCUUGUGCCCAUCCCGAGCCCGUUUUCGCUGUUCCGCAAAAACAACACCAUGGUCCAUUACUGUUGUACACAGAACGGUGACGUCAACAUACCCAUCGAACUGCCCUUCAUCAUUCCGUUUUUCCUGUUCCCGCUCAGAUCGAAAGAGUGUCAGAGAGUUAGGGGGAUGAAGCAUCGGUUGGAGUACGUGAUCUGGCCCUCGAUGAAAUACAAUGGCGGAGUGCAUCCUUACACCAAUGACACGCAUUUUGGAGAAAAUACAUUCUACUAUUGCUAUUAUGAGCCUGAUACCCUUGCAAUGGAACAAAAUAUCGUCAUAGCAACGUACACAGUGAUGAUAGGAACUCCAACUGUCACCUUCAUCGUGCUAUGUGCGUGCCGAUUUACUCACAGAAAACUCCGAAAAAGAAACAGCGCCAGUCCUUGUUGGCGCAAGCGUGCUCGACAGCAACCAGUGAGGCACCCGUCGUCAAGGCGGGGUCGUCGUCAAGUUGAGAUGGUGGAUGACGACGACGAUCACGAAUUCAGGACCACUGACUUUGGACAUGAACAAUAAAGGAGAACGAUGAUGAGGAUACUGUGUGAUAGAAAUGAAAUCAUGGAGUAUGAUUCAUUGUAGAGUCGUGAUUGGGAAAUCGUUAGAUCUGCUGUUACUCCAGUUGGUAAUUUCGUCAUCAACAUUCAUCAAGUUGGUCUUUGCAGAUGGAGAGGUGUGGACCGUGUGGCGUUUCAGUCACACCGACGACACCGACAGUGACACCAUACCGAAAAUUAGCUGGGAUUUGGUUGGCGAACUUGGCGGUAGGGGAAAGUAUUUGGUUCGAAGACACUAAACACCAACAAAAAGGAAACAGACCGAUUCAACGUUUAUAUCAUACCCUGAUAAUUAAACAAAAAUCGCUCGUUUUGGAAUUAGGGUGGGGUCGGUUUGAUGGCGUGACUGAGGGAGGCACAGCUGAAUUUAAGUCAAGCCGAACUGGUUCAAGGAUUAGUUGGUAUCUUUUGAUUUUACGAUAAUUUACAUCGUGGUCUAUGAUCGGGGCAGUGGUUCGUUAACAAAGUUCAGGUAAAUGGAAUAACGUCAAAGAUUUUUGAUGGAAACUGGACGCGCAAAAACAUAGUUGAGGGAGUUUCUGAAGACGAUUUAUAUGGCCCGGUCAGUCUCUGUCUGUCUGUCUUUCUCUUUAUCUCUAUUAUUUUCCUCUCUCGCCU